AGAAGAGCGCUGUGCCGCGCCCUGCCGUCCGCUGUUCGAGUCACUUUGAACGAUAGCUGUUGGGCUCACGUUCGUCUGUUGAGAGACCGACUUCAGCGAAAGAGGACACUAACAGACGAUGGCAGAGACCAAGGCUCAGACCAAUGGCCUGUCAGAUGGCCAGGCCAAGGCUGAGAGGUACGACCCUGACGACCCCGAGGCACAGCGGCAAAUGUGGAGGCCGCCAGACAUAGAGCAAGAUAUGAAGGAGAUGGAGCGCCGAAAGCGUGUGGAAAUGAUAAUGAAUAGCCAACUGUUCCGGGAGGAGCUCGAACGCAUCAUUGAGUCGCAACUGUCGGAGGGCUACACACCGUCCAAUAUGGCAGCAUUGCAGCAGGUGACCGAACUCUUGCUGCCACAUGCGACAAAGCAGUCAACAAUUCGAGGUGGACGCUGCUUGGUUCCAAUCAAUGACGUCCGUGGGAUUGAUGGCUUGCGCUAUUCAAAAGGAGAAAAGCUGCUGCGCUGCAAGCUUGCUUCUCUCUGUCGCCUGUUAGAUGCAUAUGGAUGGACCACAACAGCCUUCAACCACAUCACGCUGCGUGUAAGCCAAGACCAGGAGCAUUUCUUGGUAAAUCCAUUUGGGCUUCUGUACCACGAGGUGACUGCUUCCAGUUUGCUGAAGCUGGACAUGCAGAGUAACGUCAUCGACUCUGGGACCACCACGUUCCAUUUCAAUCGGCCAGCCUAUAUGGUGCAUGCUGCCAUCCAUGCAAACCGACCUGACAUAAAGUGUAUAAUCCAUCUCCAGCACCCACCCUGUGUUGCGGUAUCAUCACUGAAGCAAGGUCUUCUGCCCAUCACACCUGAUGCUGCCCUGCUUGGGGAGGUCACCUACCAUGAAUACAGAGGCAGCUCUGCCGACACACAUGAGAUUGCGCGGAGCCUGGGACCCAACAGCAAGGUUCUGUUCCUGCGUAAUCAUGGGGUGCUUGUGUGUGGAGACUCUGUGGAAGAAGCCUUCUCUAACCUGUGUUCAACUAUAGAAGCUUGUGAGACGCAAAUGAAGCUUGCACCUAUUGGUUUCGACAAUGUCCACCUUCUCUCUGAAGAGGCACAGCGCAGCAUGCGUGAGGAGCACGCACGCCAAAAGGGAGUUGAUGAACCCUUGCCUGGUGGAGAUGAGGACAAGGAGAAGGCUGAGCCAAAGGAGAAACCCAAGCGCUGGCGCCCUUGUGAUAUAGUCUUCGAGGCCCAUAUGCGCACCCUUGACAACUCGGGUCACAGAACAGGAUAUAUUUAUCGGCAACCUUUGCUGCGUAAUGAGCAGCCACGCCUCAAGACAGAUGUGGAGGUGCCCCCAUCAGCUAGCUCCAUCGCUCAGUUUUUGGAAGAAGAUAAAUGGCUCAGCCCCUUGAAGAAACUGUUAGAUGGGCGGAAGACUCAGGACAAGCUGCGCUGGGUGAAUUCGCCAAACACUUACCAGCGGGUGGAAGUGCUUGAGACAGGCACUGCUGACCCCAAGAAGAUCACAAAGUGGGUAGAAGUUGGAGGGAGUGGGGAAGCUGAUUCAUGGGUGCAAGAAGGUUCCCCCUCCCACUCGACCUCCGUUAAAAUAGACACAUCCCAUCAGUUUGUUCCCAAAGGCACUGACCCUGCUGAGUUUAAGCGCAAGCAAAAAGAGCUGAAGGAAAACCGCCUCAAUUCGAAAAUAAAUGCAGGGCCACAAUCAAACCUCCUUGACGGAGUUACUUGGGAAGAAGUUAAGAAAAUGCAGGAUGCCGUGGCAAGUGCAACAGGCGACCAAGUUGUGCUUGUGGGGGCUGCAUCCAAGGGGAUAAUCCAGCGUGACUAUCAACACAAUGCUAUGGUCUACAAAACUGCCUACAGUAAGAACCCCUUUGACAACAUAACAGACUCUGAGCUUGAAGAUUACAAGCGACUUGUGGAAAGAAAGCAACGUGGAGAAUCAAUUGAUGAUGAUGUGCCAGACAGCUUAAAGCCAUUGCUUGUUGAACCAGUUGCUGUCCCUAGCCAGGGCCCUCAGCGGACGUCGAGUCCGCUGCAGUCACCUGCUCAGUCACCAACAUCACCAGCAUCUGACGAAGAAGUGAAGACAGCUGUUGUAACGGCGGUGCGCUACCUUCAACCAAACAUGACAGAACCACAGAUUAUCAUCACAGACGAGGAAGAGCGUAUCGUGCCACAACAGUUUGGGCGGCGAGCUCAGUCAGAGCGCAAGCCCAAGCGCCAGAGUGACGCACCAGUGAAUGGGGAUGAGAAGCUGAGGUCGGCUGAGAGUGGCGACGUUUCAGCAGCAUCACGCAGCAGCAAAGAGCAGAGCUCGCCAGUGAAGGACGUCGAGGGUGAGUCACCCAAGAAGGACAAGAAGAAGAAGAAGGGGGGAUUGCGGACACCUUCGUUUCUCAAGAAGAAGAAGCACCGUAAGGAGAAAGAGGACAAAGAGAAGGCUGCCUCCGAGUGGCAGAAUCGAAGCCAGUAACCCCCAUCUAUUUGCAAGUGUGACGCUCUGCUGAAGAAAAACUGCCAGGCACCCAAGCUCAUUCUUCCCAGGACUGAUGCAGGCACUGCCACCAAACUAUGGCUGGUUUAAAGAAAAAUGAACUGCAAUGGCAGAUGACAACGCUUCAAGAGCUCUCUAGUUUUCUUGUCUAUAUUGUUGCAAAUGCUUGAGGACAUCCUUUUCGGUGGGAACUAUGAGUGUUCCUUUUUUGCUUUCUUUUUUUAUCCAAUUUUUAUUUCAAGCAAACUUUUGCAUUUUUAGUUGCUGCUCUUGAAAUUUCUUGCAAGAUGCAGGAAUAUUGGGUCGAGCAGUUGUGUAAACGUUCAACUGUACCUUUGUUGCAGUUGGUUUGCCGAGCAGUGCUGGAUGAACAGCUUUUAUUUUGUGGAACAUUUAUAAUGCUGUGACUGGAGGGAGCAGCAAGCUUUAUAUUGUUUUACGUCUUGACGAGAGCACCAAGCAGAUUUUGUUCUAUAUAAACUGAGGCUGGUGUACAUCAGUUGGUGUUAAUGUUGAGGCUAGCCAAAGCAAUGGUUGUCUUUGUUGUGCAGUUCUGCGCAGUUAGACAUGACAGUAUGUUUGUCUCAUUCUUUAAUAUGUGUAAUAAAAAUCUUUCUCUAUCUCUCUUUCUUUAUAUAUAAAUAUCUAUAUAUAUAUAUAUACAAACAUUAUAUAUAUAUAUACACCUAAAAAGUAUGCAUACUUAGUGCUUUUAUCGUGUCAUUUUGUGGCAUUUUGAAUUUUAGACGCAUGUUGAGGGUUCCAAAGGGAACUGUAACUGCAAUAGCAAAAAUAAAUAAAAAACAGUUGUUCUGUUCUUACUUUUUGUUGUCUGUCCAGACGGGGUGUUUGAAGAAAGGUUAUUAAGCUCAAAGGGUGGCCACAUUUCUUAGAUGGCUCGUCAACUGCCAAUUGAAGAGCACUUCCAGCCAUUACUAUGUUUAUUUAUUCACUUGGGAGAUGCUUGAUUAGCUUAUUUGCCCAGAGCCUUGUUUGCAUGCAACUCCACAUGCAGGAAGUGUACAUAUUGCGAUGCUGUUGGGAGAGACCCAGUCUAUGUGCGAGGUGGCACCAUGACCCUAGCACGUGCUAGGUGCUAGACCUAGCAGGGUGUUUGUUGCCCCUCUUGCUUGCUUGGGCCCAUGUCUAGCGGUGGCCGCCAUGGCAGUCACCGGCUAAGUGCAGUGUUUUGGCAUAGCCUGGGACUCGUGUGCACAUGCACCAUUUGUUGUUUCCUGUGCCCUUGUUUCCCCCCCAUCUUAUAGUGUGUGUGUGUUUGUGUGUGCUGUUUACCACAGCCUGUCUCAAAGUUGGUCUGUUGUGGUGCUUGCCCCUGUUUUGUGUUGCUCUAUCAUUGGAGACAUGUGCUUGCCCAUCCAACCUCGUGUUUGUUCUGUAGCCAGGAACGUUUGCUGGGUCUCAUGCCAGGUGUUGCAAGAUGGAGGUGUGAUGGUCGUUCAGACAUUUCUGGCUGCUUCUGUUGUCUUCUCCUGGAACGCAGUGUAGCUGAAAGGCGUACCUAUUUCAAGAAAGCUCUGGAGCAGCUUUUUUUUUUUUUUCAGCCUACAAAACUGUGAAUAAAAAUUGAAAGUGUU